UGUCUUGCUCUUUCCUUCCAUCUUCCUCGCUAUGGCCCAUCAGGCGCUCAUUGGGCACCCCGCACCGCACUUGACACUCUCCAACUACACAGGCGAGCCAUACUCCCUCAAACCUGGAGACAACGACGUCACCACCGCCAUAUUUUUCUAUCCAAGAUCUGGGGCGUGGGGUUGCACAAAACAGGCGUGUCAGUUUAGAGACGCGAUAGCAGAACAACCAGAAUUCCAGUCCGGAAAAGUACAAGUCAUCGGCAUUAGCCCAGAUCCAGUAUGGAAGCAGAAGCUCUUUGUCGAGAAACAAAAUCUGCCCUACCCCGUUCUCAGUGAUGAAAAAGGAGAAGCACGUCGGGCAUAUCAUGUAGGCCGAGGGUUAUGGGGUCUGGCUGACCUACGGGUAACUUUUGUGAUAGACAGCAAGGGGAUUAUACGAGACGCUCUCGACACGACGUCGAUAAAUUAUGCUUCGCAUUGCAAGUUUGUCUCAAGGGUACUAGAGACGCUGGGAAAAGAGGGUGACAAAACCGCGUAGAUCUCGGAGCCUAUACGAGAUGAAGAUGCCAGCUAACGCAGGGACAAGGAGAAGUGCAUUGCAGUGGUCCAGACGUGGAGCUUACAUGAGAGAUCCAAUUCCUGUGCAUAUCUUACAUCUGAAGGACACUUAUACACUAUAUUAUCAAGGCCCUACAGCUUGGCUCGUGUAACCGAAUCAUUCAAGCCCCCAAUGAUCCUCUCUGCCUCCGUUGCCAUCCUGUCGAGGAGAGCCUUACAGGUGGGAAUAUCAUCGAUAAGUCCUACAGUGACACCGGCAGACCACACCCCAUAAUCUGGAUCCCCAUUCUCAUAGACCGUCUUACCCCUCUGUCCCGAAACCAGAUCUCUAAUGUCUUCGAACUUCGCGCCUCCAGGACGCCGCUCUAAGGCCACUACUUCCAUUGAGAUCUUGUUCUUGAAAACCCUGGCAGUGUUGUGUAGCGU